ACGUGCGUGUCACGUGCGGGCACCACUGGCUCCUGGAAAGCGGCGGUGUCGUCGGCGGCCUCGCAGGCAGGAGAAAACAUAAGCCGCCAGUUGCGCAACCAGCCGGUUUUCCUGCUCUGCCCGAGUCCUGUGUUUCCUCAAUCGAGAGGCCGGCAUCCCGUCAGUGACGUGGCCGGCAAGAAACUGGAGGCUCCAGGAACAUGUUCUCGAUACGCGCUAAGCACGUACGCAGUGAGGCUGCUAUAUUCGACUGAAGUGCUCAACUCCGAGAAAAGCGACGUCCCAUCUUCUCUCAUCCACGAUCCUUGGAGAUUCUUCUUCACGGUGGUAUUCAUGGUACACGAUGAGUGACUGAGUGAUCGGCUGUCUGUUUUCCAAUUUCUGUCAUCUCCAAGAAUUUCACCAUAAUGUCUUUAUCAUGAGGACUCAUAAAAUCCUACCGGUGCCCAAAUCCAAAUUUCGUUGGGUCAACACUACCUCUUGAGAUAGCCAAACAGAUAAUGGGCAGGUACUAGCUAUUUCACACAUACUAUAUCCAAAUAACUGAGGAAUGAUGAAAGGAUUCUGGAAGAAGGCGUUUUCAGCUGAACAUUUCAAAAUAGAUCAUCAGACAGCCAACAUAUUUGUAAAAUCUCAGUGGCAACUGCGAGAUGGCAUUUCACUUCCAUAUUUAUUAUAUCGAGCAGUGGUUGCCAUAUUCUUCCUGGCCGUGUUUAUUGUCUCACUGCUAGGAACUAGCACGAUGCAGAAAAAAUCAGUACUUGGCUGGAAAUGGCUAAUAUACCUCACAAACUGGGGAAUUACAAUGUGCACUAUUCAAGCCAUCUUUGGUCUGGUUAUUGUAUACAUUGCAAAGUUAAAGGAGAAGCAUCAGAUAUCAGCAGAGGCAGGCACUGACACCAUGCCACUGCACUACAAAAUUUAUUGGGCUAUUCACACAAUAGCUACAACAGCUGCUGUAUGUAUCACUAUUUCUUAUUGGUCUGUAGUGUACAAACCUGAGCAGCAUCCAUUAGAUGCAGUGAACAUCCUCACACAUGCCAUGAAUGGCAUAAUGAUGACCAUUGACCUGCUUAUCAUUGCACACCCUUUAAGAAUUAGCCACAUGUAUUUACCACUGUUCUUUGCAUUGGUUUAUGUGAUAUUCAGUGGGAUCUAUUACCUUGCUGGUGGCACAGACAGAUUUGGACGCACUUAUAUAUAUGACAUUCUAAACUGGGAGAAGACGGGGUAUGCCUUUCUGGCAUGUCUAUUGGGCCUCAUAUUUAUAGCUGUAGUGCACUCAGCAUUGGCAGGAAUAAAUGCAGCAUGCAGACAUCUUGUAAAGUUUCGAUGGACAGCAAAACAUAGUGACAAGUGUUUGCCCUAUUAGAUGAACAGCAGAAGUUAAGAAUUACUUCUUUUAUAUGUUAAAUAUGUGUGAAAAAGACUGAUUUUGUUUCUAGAAUAAGUAGCUUUCUGAUAACUUAUCUUUGAACCUGUAUGUGUAAAAAAGCAUGUGGAGGAAGAGCACAGGUUAGAGCUAUCUCUCAACAGGUUGCUUGCUUGUUUCAUUAUGUGUGUAGUCUCACCAGUGCAUCAUUCCAAAGUAAUUCCUCAUCUUCUGCAUUAUGUACAUUCUCCCGUCAUAUUUUAUUUAUAGAAACAAAGUGCAAUAGAUAAACAUUUUGUUUACUCGGUCACCAA